AUGAGAAUAAGACCACUGACAGAAUAUUGGCGUUCAAGAAAUGAAUCUGCACCCGUGCCAUCCGAUGCUGUAUCGGGCGCUUCAUCGACUUCAAAUGUGAAUUUAUGUUCAAGUGGUGGCGUCAGUACAGCAGAUUGGGAUGAAGAUGAAAAUGCCAUGAACAAAUUAAACAGUGACACAGAUGUCGGCCAAGAUUUGGAUACGACGUUAGAAAGUACUCCCCCACCUCCACCAAGGGAACGUCGUUUUCCGUCAUUAGCUAGGUCUCACUCAACUCCGCCGUCUGGACAUCUUCGAGAAAUUUCUAAAAUUUUACGGUCACCAAGCUUUUUGAAUGAGUAUAAUAGAGUACGGGUAUGCGACGCAAAUGAUUUGGAGGAUGUACGAGUAGUCCGAAAGAAGGAGGAGCGGAAGCUUCUGUUUGGGCAUGCAUGCAAGUGCUGUUCUAUGUAUUAUGAUGCUCUUGGACUUAGCUCCCCCGAGAAGAGAAAGAGAAUUGAUCAGGUGAUAUCUUCUCGGCAUCGUCACGUAGAAGCUGCUCCAACUACUCCGGAAAAUUACUGGGAGGUGAAGAUGGCUAGCCGAGAAGAACAGUUGCGUCGUGGGCAGAUUUUAGAAACAACCUCGCCAGUCGGUCUUCGUCCAAAAAACCCCAUAUACGCUUCUAAAUCGUUUUGUCGUCGCUUAUUUGAAAAGUAA